CAGGCAGAAGAGGGAACGCAUGUCUUUCUGAGCCCAAAGCGAAGACCUAAAUACUGCCUAAUUCACCUGCAAAGACCGAAUGUGGAUACCCCUUAAUAUGUUAAUGACCUGUCAAAGGACUUUAAAGAUGAAGGAAGAUGUAAUGUGGAUUACCGCCUGACAGGCCGCUGACAUCAGGACACCUCCGCGCUCGGGGUGGGAGGGGAAGUCUCUGCCGCCAAGGUCCCGGCAGAACUCCCACCCGAUUUAUUCCCUCGCUUUCUUCUCUUUUUUUAAAAACUAUCAUCAUCCAUCUUUUUUUUUUUUUUUUUUUUUUUUGCUACCAACCAGACCGGCUGAAGUUCUCACAUCUCCUGCCCUGCACAGAGCAGACAGAGGUGCUCAAUUAAAGAAACUUCUGGAGAGGGGAAUAAAAUAAGAAGCGGGACAAAAGAAGAAAAGGGGCGGGGGGUGGAGGUGGCGGCGGAGGUGCUGAGCUAGCCGGAAAACGCUUUUUUUUGGGAACGGGUGAAGAUGGAGACUCUGUCUCAGGACUCCAUCUUGGAGUGCCAGAUCUGCUUCAACUACUACAGCCCGCGGCGGCGGCCCAAGCUGCUGGACUGCCGGCACACGUGCUGCUCGGUGUGCCUGAGCCAGAUGCGUAGCAGCCAGAAGGAGAUCCGCUGCCCCUGGUGCCGGGGCGUCACCAAACUGCCCCCGGGCCUGUCGGUGUCCCAGCUGCCCGACGACCCCGACAUCGUCACCGUGGUGGCCAUCCCGCACGCCUCCGAGCACACGCCCGUCUUCAUCCGGCUGCCUAGCAACGGCUGCUACAUGCUGCCCCUGCCCGCGGCCAAGGACCGGGCGCUGUUGCCGGGCGACCUGGGCUGCCGGCUGCUCUCGGCGGGGCAGCAGAAGGCGGUUGCCGUGGUGACGGUUCCCGAGCAGCAGCCGCUGGGGCUGGAGGCGCCGGACGGCGAGGGCGGCCCGGAGAGGCGGGGGGCGGGGGGGAAGGGCUCCACCUGGUCGGGGGUCUGCACCGUGAUCCUGGUGGCCUGCGUGCUGCUCUUCCUGCUGGGCAUCGUCCUGCACAACAUGUCCUGCAUCUCUAAGCGCUUCACCGUCAUCUCCUGUGGCUGA